UUGCAAUGCGCCAGCACUGUUGAGGAACUUGAUCACAAUUAAAGUUAACCGGCCAAUUGUGGUGGGUUAAAUAUUUAAUCAUGAUCAAGAAGGUUAUGUUUGUAUUUUGUUUUGGAAUUUUUAUUAAAAUGGAAAUUGAAGACCAAAUUAUACUUGAUGAUGAUUAUGAUGUAAUGGAUAUUAUUAAUGAUGGCUUUCCGAGAGCCAGACCUCAGAGACCUAAUUAUUUUGAUUCAAUAGAUGAUUUGGGUUUCUUUAGAAGAUUCCGUCUUACCAAACCCACUGCGGAAGCACUAUUGGGAGAAAUACAACACACAAUGGAAUUUGAUAAUAACUUAAAUAAUCAAGUAUCCCCUAUGAACCAACUACUAACUACUUUAAGGUUUUACGCCUCAAAUGGGCAUCAAAUUGGUAUUGGAGAUCUUAUGGGGAUCCAUCAAACCACAGCAUGCAGAAUCAUAUCAAGGGUCAGUAGAACUAUUGCUAUGUUGAGGCCCAACUAUAUUCAAAUGCCAGAAAACCAUGCUCAGCUUCUGCAUACUCAACAAGAGUUUUAUCACAGGGCAAGAUUCCCCCGGGUGGUGGGGUGCAUUGAUUGCACACACAUUAAAAUAAAUUCACCAGGUGGUGAAGAUCCUGAAAUUUUUCGUAACAGUAAAGGGAUAUUUUCUAUAAAUACGCAAGUUGUGGGAAAUGCAAAUUUGGAAAUAACGGAUAUUGUUGCUAGGUGGCCAGGUUCUGUUCAUGAUGCUACAAUAUUUAAUAAUUCAUCAAUACUUGCCCGACUAGAAAACCAGGAAUUUGGGAAUGGCAUUAUUUUGGGAGAUAGUGGCUAUGCUCUAAGGCCAUUUUUAUUAACACCCUUACUAAAUCCUGUCAACCAAGCAGAGCAAAGGUAUAAUGAAUCUCUUAUACGUACCAGGAACUGCAUUGAACGACUUUUUGGUUGCUGGAAAAGACGCUUUCCAGUUCUUGCAUAUGGUAUGAGAUGCCACACUGACAAUGUAAUGGCCAUUAUAGUAGCAACAGCAGUGCUGCACAACAUAUGUAGAAGAAUGGGUGAAGAUUUGCCACCUGCUCCUGAAGACAUUGAUGAAGACAUGUUGGAAUAUUUAAUAGAGCAAGAUAAUGUACCACAUGUACCUUUUGUUAAUAAUGUUAAUAAUAUACUUAACUAUCGUCAGCAAAUAAUAAAUACUUAUUUUGCUCGAUUGAAUUAAUUCAGUGCUCAAUAUAAUAUCUUAACUCAAUUCCCAGAAUAGUUUUAUUUAUCAUGAAUACAUUUAUUUAUAAAAGUAACCACACAACAUAUUGUUCUAAUUCAGACAUAAAAACAAAUAAGACUGCUAUACACUAAUCUGCUCCUUUUUUUCCUUUUCAACUUUCAACUUGAGAAUCUCAAUUU